UACACUGCUUGUCUCAUGUACAGUUCUCCAGCUGCUUGUCGUUGGUCUUGCACAGCUGCGACUGACCCGUGACUCCCUGGAGGAUGGCUGUCUCUGCUCCCCUGACGCCGCUUCCUCUGACCCAGUUGGUGGAGGACGGAAGGAGCAGCGUGCCGAACCAUCUCCUGGAGUCCAAAAUCUAUGUCAAAGAGAAGAGCAAUGGCUUGAUCCAAGUGGAUCCUUCUGAACUUCAUUUCAGUGGCUUCAAGCUAGAGAAGGACUAUGUGAAGAGCGUGAAACUAAUCAACAUCUCAUCUCGAGUGCUAAAUAUUCACAUCAUCCCCACCCAAACCAAGCAUUUCCGAACAAACUACGCCAAAAAGUGUCGUCUCAUUCCUGGCCUCGCCUACACAGUGAAGGUCAAAUUCUGUCCCCACGAGUGGACUCGUGUCUCUGACUGUAUUCGGGUUCACUGUGAGGACGAUGAGAACCUUUUAAUUCCAGUUCACGCUUACCCCGCUACCGCUCAUGUGCAUAUCCCGACCCGCGUUGACUUACCAGCUGCGCCGCUUGGACAGAGCGUGAGCCACAUCAUUCCACUGAGCUGCAGAUCUCCCGCCGAUUUGGAGUUUGAAGUGCACCUCAUUGAGCCACAUGAGGCCUUUUCCAUUCACCCACUCACAGGUGUGAUCCCAGCCAAUGGUCAAUCAAAAAUCACCAUUACCUUCAGACCCUGCCGCUAUGAGACAUGUCAGGUUACCGUUCGGCUGCUUGUCUCACAAUUCAACACCAAAUCCUACCUCUGUACUGUUACCGGAAGCUCCGCCCCUCUUCUCGCUGUCAGGGAACUUGCUCUUCAGGGCACACAGGCCAAAAGUAAAGGAUCUUUACCAGCCAUCCAAGUCCAAAGUCCAGUCAAACAAAAGUUUGCCAAGGAUGUCGUCAAACCCAAGGGUGUCUUAGGGGGUCCAAGUGGGAGCAAGCCAGGACCAAAGCCACUUGUGGAUGCCUCCACUCACGCAGGGGUGGCAAAGAUGUUGCAGAAGGACAGCAGCAAACUUGGCACUGAACACCCGAGUGAGGGUCUUCAGACCAGGCAGAAGAAGGAGGCUCUUUUCCUAAAAAGGGUUCAACAAAAUGUUAAAGAAGAGCAAAUCAACCGUCUGAAAUUACAAGUCCAUCUGGGUAAGGAUCCAGUGUCAGAAUCAACCAGAAGCCAGGUAUUGGAGGACAGGCUGGUUGCUUUGCAACAGUACAAGGUCAGGAAGGGCGAUGUAAGGCGAGAGGAAGACUUUACAAGCGGACCUCCAAAACUUUACUCAAUACGACUCAUUUGUGACGCAGGGCAGGUCCCCAAGGGAGCCCCAUCUUUCCAGUUUCACCCCAGCUUUCAGUGGGUGCUAAAACAGAGGGCCUUAAAACUCUUCCAGCAGGCAGCACGCAGGGUCGUGAUGCAGUGUCGCAUGAAGCGGACCUUGGCCUUGUGGAGGAAUCUACCAGACGCUGCGGCAGGCUUGCUCUCGGCCAAUAAAGUUGAAGAGGAGGAGGCAUGUGUUAUGAAGAUCACCCCAGAGAGAAUCUUUCCAUCUUCUUUCCCACUUUUCACAGAUGAAGCUGAUCCGCUGGCUCUUGAUUUUUUAGCUUUGCCUGUGGAUGCCGUUAAUGUGAGGGUGACAACACAUGUUCCUACCUUCAAGCUUCAAGUUCCUCAGUACUAUAAGCUGAUGGGCUACCAGCCUGUGUCAGCCUGGGAAGCCUUUAACGCCUUCAUUCCCACUACCUUAGCCCGACCACUUCGCUCUGGAGAUCCAGUAAAGCCACAACACGACGCUGGUUCCCAGUCACCCACACCAGGGGAUGAGGACGAGCAAGAUGCCAGUGAUCUGAACUUCACAUUCCCAAGUGCUCUCCUUCGACCCAUUCACGCACACCCACUCAGAAUCUUUAACCCAGCUCCUGGCCUCCAGGCCUACAAGCCACCCCCUAAAUACCUCGAAAGUGAUGUGGACUUUCACCUCUGCCCAUUGCCUCGCUAUUCGUCUCCUGGGGGCCCCACAACUGGGAUGGAGUCUCAAACCUUACAAAUGCAGACCCUAGAUCCAAAGGGAGCGAUCACAGGGUUGAAGACAUGGGACAAUUUUGAUUUGGUAACUUCAACAUGUGUGUCCAGACAGGCUGCUCUCACCAGCAACAUCCUGCAUGGUUCUUCUGACUAUAACAAAGACAUCCUGCCUGUCACAUCACCUGCUGCUUUCACCCAGCCUCCUGCUUAUCUCUCUGGAUUUACAGACAAAAGGUCUGAAGUGAUGCUAACCCCGAAAAUAAUCAAGAGAGAUUUCCUUUCUGGGUUACAGUGACAACCUUCCACAGGUGGAGCAGCUGCUCAUCGAGAGAUUGCUAAAGAUUGAUGACUAAAGCAGCAGAUUGCUCUGUGGCAGGCACCAGAGACGGCAUCUCCAAAAAGAUGAAGUGGUGUGAGCAAACUGCAGUUGCUUCAAGACUCAGUGAUCAUCACAAGACUGUUACUGAGCCCCCCCCACCCCCCACCCCAACCCACUCCCGACACACACACACACACACACACACACACACA